CUUCUCAUCAAGGAAAUUGCAGUAAUCAUAUUUGCUUUAGCAAUUUCCUGUUUCUAGGCUUUCUAAAAGGUUUCUUCUGAAACUACCAAAAAGGGUCUUCUGUAAAUUACUGUAUUUCUAAGAUAACAAACUCACCCCGCACAAAUAAAAAAAAAGGUUCCAUCCUUUUGUGAAAGUCAGCAGAAAAAAGAACAACAAGUGAACCGAGUGCAAGACUCAGUGCGACAGUGCCCUAUUUUCUGUUGCUGUUUCUUUCAGGAGCCAUAAAGGCUUUAUGGGAAUGGCAAUUGUUAUUACCAACCCUCAGGAGGAAUCAGGCAUGAAUCCAACAGAUGUUUGGAUCAAGAAGAAUGAUAAUAUCUUCUUCAGUCGGCAUCAAGUGCCAUUCGUUAACGGAUGAUUUGUUGGGCCUGAAAUUUCGGCGGUGUUCUUUGGUGAGCAUUGUUAGCUUAUAUUAAUUUUUUCAAAUUUUUAUGAUGGUAACUUUUUGAUUUUUGUAACGAACAACGCAGCAUCGUUAACGACUUCCUGUCUGAAAAAGUUGACAAAAGUUGAUGGGUCUCCUGGAGCUGGUGGCCUCAAACAUUGUUUCGCGAAUUGUUUGUGUGGUAAGUGACUUUGUGCUGUUGGGGAUCUUCAAAUUUGUCAAGAGGAAACUCCAACAAGUGAAAAAUGGCGUUCCUGAGGCUGUUGGUUCUGGUGUUUGUUGGGGUUGCUGCUGCUGGGGCCGACUGAGGUCCGGAAGGAGGGGCGUUCCUGUGUCGGGACGUCUGCGGCAAGGAGGUGAGAGGCGCCAGUGGCUACGGGCGCCGCGUGACGUUUGUCGGGGCGACGCUGUUUUUGGACUGCAUCAGGCAGGCGGACCUCAAGGAGGUGAAACUGCUGUCUCCAAAGGUGUGCGUCGGGCGUUGGUCCGAGAUGGAUCAAGUGCUGGUGACGCCGUGGAGGUGGUGCAAGGAAGUUGUGCCACCAGAGCCGGAGAUCUCAACAGCGGCGGUUCUGCCGGUGAUGAGCCUUGCCCAGUGGCGCCGAUGGCCAACCUGGCAGUUGUCCACGUGCCGGCAAGCAAAACGCUGUUUGUGGUUUGGGCGCCGCCUUUGACGCAACAAAGCGUCAUGGUGGCCCAAGAGGUGCCACACGUAAUCAGGGCGCUGUUGUCUAUGCCGGAGGUGACAGUCAACAUCAAGCACGGUGUUGCGCAUGUUGAGGCAGAUGUGGACCCGUGGACUGCCAUGGUCCUGGUUUUCAUGGGCCUUGGAGGGGCAGGGGCUACGUCCCUAGCUGUCUUUUUGGUCUGGCUUGUGAAGUUCAUCAGGAACAAGUCAUCGUACAUGAGGGAGCUGGUGCGGAUGCUGAUGCCAGAGGAUCAACAGGAUCCGGAAGCCCAACCAGUUGUGGAUCUGCUGGGGCUGGAAGAGACAGAUAAACCCGUAGAAGAAGAAAAGGAGGAAGAGUUGGUCCUUGAGGACAACAAUCCUUUUAAAGAGAUGCUGAACGCGUAAUAUGUAAAAUCGCGUCAGAUGAGAGAGAAAGUGCCAUUUUUUGUAUCCGCGUUUUUUAUAUGGGUAAAAGGCAAUAAGAGAAAUUGUAAAAAGAA